ACAACAUUCCUCCGGGAAAGGUCCCUCCUCCCCCUACCUCAGUCAGUCCCUCCCUCCUCCUUCCCUCCUCUGCAUGACCGUUGCUCUCUCCCUCUGCACAAAGUGGAUGAAGACGCUGUCAGCAGAGUCCAGGACCCAAAAACAGGACUUAAGAAAUGUGGCUUUUAUACCUCCUGGUGUCAGUCCUGUUCUGCAAGGUGGGAGGCUCUGUGCCCAUCGCUCAGGAACUCUAUGGGGAGGUGACUUCCCCUCUGUACCCCAAGCCUUACCCCAACAACUUUGAAACAACCACUGUGAUCACUGUCUCCAAGGGCUACCGGGUGAAGCUCGUCUUCUGGCAGUUUGACCUGGAGCCUUCUGAAGGCUGUUUCUAUGACUAUGUCAAGAUUUCUGCUGAUAAGAAAACCCUCGGGAGGUUCUGUGGGCAACUGGGUUCUCCACUGGGCAACCCCCCAGGAGAAAAGGCAUUUAUAUCCGAAGGAAACAAGAUGCUGCUGACCUUCCACACAGACUUCUCCAAUGAGGAGAAUGGCACCGUCAUGUUCUACAAAGGCUUCCUGGCCUACUACCAAGCUGUGGACCUCGAUGAAUGUGCUUCCCAGCAAAACACAGUUGAGAAGAAUCCCCAGCCCCGGUGCCAACAGCUUUGUCACAAUUACGUUGGCGGCUACUUCUGUUCCUGCCGUCCGGGCUAUGAGCUUCAGAAGGACGGACAUUCCUGCCAGGUUGAAUGCAGCAGCGAGCUGUACACAGAGCCAUCAGGCUACGUGUCCAGCCUGGAGUACCCCCAGCCCUACCCUCCUGACCUGCGCUGCAACUACAGCAUCCGGGUGGAGCGGGGCUACACCAUCCACCUCAAGUUCCUGGAGCCUUUUGAAAUCGAUGACCACCAGCAAGUACAUUGCCCCUAUGACCAGCUACAGAUCUACACCAGUGGGAGGAACAUCGGCGAGUUCUGUGGGAAGCAGAGACCCGCUGACCUUGACACCAGCAGCAACGCUGUGGAUCUGCUGUUCUUCACGGACGAGUCAGGGGACAGCCGGGGCUGGAAGCUGCACUACACCACUUCAAUCAUCAAGUGCCCCCAGCCCAAAACCCUAGACGAGUUCACCAUCAUCCAGAGUCUGCAGCCUCAGUACCAAUUCCGUGAUUACUUCAUCGUGACCUGCAAACAAGGCUACCAGCUUAUGGAGGGGAACCAGGAGCUGCUCUCCUUCACAGCUGUCUGCCAGGAUGACGGCACGUGGCAUCGUGCCAUGCCCAGGUGCAAGAUCAAGGACUGUGGGCAGCCCCGGAGCCUGCGUAAUGGAGCCUUCAAUUAUACCACCACAAAGGGGGUAAACACCUACCAGGCCCGUAUCCAGUACUACUGCAAUGAACCGUAUUACAAGAUGAAGACCAGAGAUGGUAGCAGCGAGUCUGAGCAAGGCGUGUAUACCUGCACAGCCCAGGGCAUUUGGAAGAAUGAGCAGGAAGGAGAGAAGAUUCCUCGGUGUUUGCCAGUGUGUGGGAAACCCGUCAACCCUGUCCACCUCCUCCCGUCGCAGCGCAUCAUUGCAGGGGAAUCCGCGGAGAUGGGCAGCUUCCCCUGGCAGGCAUUCACCAACAUUUAUGGGCGAGGGGGUGGGGCCCUGUUGGGUGACCGCUGGAUCCUCACAGCUGCCCACACCCUCUACCCCAAGGGACACAACCCAGAAGCCAAUACCAGCAUAGACGUGUUUCUGGGCCACACAAAAGUGGAAGAAAUCAUGAAACUAGGAAACCACCCUGUACGCAGGGUCAGGGUCCACCCAGACUACCGCAAGGAUGAGUCCCAGAAUUUUGAGGGGGACAUCGCCCUCCUAGAACUGGAAAAUAGUGUCACCCUGGGCCCCAACCUCCUCCCCAUCUGCCUCCCUGACAAGGAGACCUUCUAUGCUUCAAAGCAAAUGGGCUAUGUCAGUGGCUUUGGGAUCACGGAGGACAAGAUGGUUACCGAGCUCAAGUAUGUCCGGCUGCCCGUAGGUGACCGAAAUUUAUGUGAGAAGUGGCUUCAGGGUAAAAAAAAGAACUAUGUGUUCUCACAAAGCAUGUUCUGUGCUGGGGACCCGACGCAAAAGCGUGAUGCCUGUCAGGGGGAUAGUGGAGGGGUCUUUGCUGUGAGGGAUGAUGGUACUGACCGCUGGGUCGCCACAGGCAUAGUAUCCUGGGGCAUCGGGUGUGGCAAUGGGUAUGGCUUCUACACCAAGUUACUCAAUUACCUGGACUGGAUCAAGAAAGAGAUGGAGGAAGAGGGCUGAAACCUCAAUUCACUAGGUCAGAAUCCAGAGUGUGUAAAAAGAAAAUUAUUUGACUAGUUGUUGGUCACCACUAAGAAUCCAUAUUAAAAUCACUGAUGCAGAAAAA